GGUACUUGAACCUUUUGUUAUCAUUGCAUAUUUUGAUUGACCGACAGGGAGUUUUAAAUAUCUUUUUAUGUAAAGCUACAUAAACGUCAGAAGCUUACAAUUGUUGAGGUGUAGGGCCGCUGUAGGUGGAUUUACAUUGGUGUUAAAAGGACCAGAACGCACACAGCAGUUUCUCUGGGUUGGAAAAUGACACUGCAAGUCACCGUUGGAGUUUCCUCUCAUUUUCUCUAAUGGGUUCGAGGAAGGAGACGAUUUGUUCUCGAGAUGGCGAGCACAGUGCUGCAGUUCUAAUAGUCUUUACAUUGCGGCCAAAAAAUUAUGCGAUUAAUGCAGCUUUGCAGGCGAAAACGUGUUGUCCUCUUGUUGGGUUUGAUUAUAUUAGUGUCGGUGUUAUCGACUUACUGGAUUGAAACUUGGCUUCAACAUGACCCUGAUUUUCUUCACGACGGUUCAUACUCUAGGGAGACAAAAAAUGCACAAGAAAAGGUGAAGCUGAAUGAAGUUUUGCGAGGAAAGGGAACUAGUAUUCGAGAAAAUAGGUUUACGAGAACGGAUAGUGACAGCGCAGUACUCCUUACUCCUCCACAAAAAUUACGAUAUAGUAUUACAACAGAGGAAAUGGUAACCAAUAAGAUAAGGGAAACAGGAUUGCUUCAAAGGCUCGAAGAGUCAGAGGAGAAAAUGACGCAAGGGCAGUUGGAUGUUUUGCUGGCCAACCACUCCCAAUCAAAUGCAAAGGAUCUUUUGGAACCAUUCAAGCAUGCCCUUGAGAGUCUUGGCUACAGAGUUGUUUUGUUGAAAGAUGCAGAAAUACUUCCUUACAUGGAAAAGAGAUGGCAAGGAAUUAAUUGGUGUUUUGGCAAAAAGAAAUCAGCUUGUUUUAAAAGCAGUGAUCUUGUCUUGCUCCAAAAGAAUCAGAGGGUGUCUUUAGUUCCUGGCUUUGAAAAAUUACUUUUAAGGAAUGAUGGUUUUUGUUACUUGAUGUCAACAUUGAAGUUCGUCUCAGCUUUUGAAAACAGACCUCUAUCACCUCCAUGCAUUGUGUUACCAGCACAAAUCAAUGUGUCUCUGGUUCAAGAUAUUAACACAAAAAAGAGUCAAUAUUUUACUUUGAAGUCUCUUGGAACAAUUUCUACAUCACCUCAUAACUGGGGAGCUAUGAAGAGUCUCAGUGACAAGAAAAGAAUUGAGUACUCAGAGGGUGUCAUGCAGCUAUUUCCAGCUGAUGUUCUUUUAAUUGAAGACAAGGCUGUUAUAGCUCAGAUGUAUGUUUUGGUAGCCUCAGUAUCUGCUAUCAGGAUUUACAGACACAGCGAUGGCUCUGGUAGUAAUUGGAAGUUUGAAAUGUUCUAUCGGUACUUGGUUGAAAACUUUGGUGAAGACAAAACUAGCAAAACAAUUGAGGAGAUGGAUGAACUUGUGGUGAAAAUGUUUCUUUUAUUGGAGCAGUCAUUGAUUACACACUUCACUGGCUUGAAUGCUGAGGGAGGACAAAAAAAGUUUAGGUGCCAGUCAUGUUUCCAGGUUCUGGAGAUCAGUUUUACGUUCAGUUCAUCACUCACUUCAUAUAUUUUGGAGGCAAAAGCUCCUAGUUAUGAGAAUAUUUCACAAAAAAUAGUUGAGGACAUCAUCAAUCUGUUGUUUAACAUGACAUCAAUUCCAUUUUCCCAUGAUGUGUAUAAGACUGUAAAAGCCUGGAAGGAAAAUGUGACAAUUAAGAAAAGAGAAUGCCAAUUAGAAAUGGAAAACUGUUUGACAGAUGAUCUGUUGGCAUAUUUAUCACAGUUUGAAGUGGAGAAGCAACAUAGAGGAGACUUCAAACAGCUUUAUCCAACCUCUGAUGGUGAUAAGUACAAGACACUGAUGCUAGAAUUGCUUGACACUGGAGUUGAGUUAGAUCCUAAAAAAAGGGCUGAUCUUGGAACUCCAGAUGUUCAUGAUUUUUUAACAGCUUUUGAGGCAGCAAGAUCUACCCAUCCUUUAGGACACAGAAGUGGCUCAGGUAGUGAAUCACAUGUAUCUACAGGGUCAUCAAAAGAAACUGUUUGUGUCAAUGAUCCAAAUGUGGAAAGCAUCCUGACAGAACUAAUUUCUCAACCUGAAAUAGUUCUUCAUCCACCUUUCAACAGUGAUGUUUUCAGUUAUCAAACAACUGUGUCAUUUGAUACCACAAUCCUGCAGCUGUGGGGUAAAGCUUCAAAGUGCCAUUUAGACGUCAGAAUAGACACAAAAUCUGAGGAAAGUCGUAAAUCCAACCAUUCUCUUGGUGUUGGGUGGAACAAAUUUUCCAUUUUUGUUGUUGAUACCAGGCAGAAAAGGGCUGAAGUUGUGAAUACCUAUCAUCUGUUUGUAUUUCGUAAAAGACGCUCUGAGACAGAGAGUAUAUUUGAAGAAGAUUCCACUCAUCGAGUUUGUGCUAUUUACCAGGAGUGCAGCCUUAAAGUGUUUCCUGACUUGCCGUGUGGUCUUAAGAAGUUGCCAGAUUCAACAUGGAAAACGUUUCUCUCCAAACAGAAAGAACUUCCUCACUGUGAGACUGGGCACGAGUUAGGUCGUUGGGUUUUACCUUGUGCAAGCUGUGAUGACCCUGCUAGCUGCUUCUGGAGACAAACAGUCUGGUCGCCACUUACAUGUCAGUACAGUGUUUUUUCCAAGAAUCAUACCAGAAACUGCCUUGCAAACAGGAAGAUUCUUUUUGUCGGAGACUCUACCAAUCGCGGCAUUAUGUAUUACCUUAUGGAAAAGCUAAACGGUUCUUUAAGGAAAUGGGAAAAGACGCAUACAAUGAAAAUUUACAGCGACGAAUUAAACAGUGGUCGCACCUCUGUCAGCUUCGCAUAUUACCCUCAGUUUUGGCUUCGUGAGAACAAGAGACCUGUCUUUGUUAAAGCGCUCUACCAGCUUAUAGCGAGGUUUCUUCCUUUAGAAAACAACACGAAAACCAUUCUUGUUGUGGGUGGAGUACAGUGGAUGGGAUUCCAACACAUUUUGGAAACCAAUAAAGCGUUAGCCAGCCUUGGCUUGAACGGAAUCAAGGUCGUUAUCAAGAGCCUGGGCUCUGGAUUUCACCUUCCCGUACCUGGACUUCCUCGUCACAACUUGGCAGAACAGCGAAAAACUGCCGAACGGAAUCAAAUGGUAAUAAAAGCUGCUAAGCGGCUGGGGUAUGAAGUGGUGGACACUUUUGGAAUGACUGUUUCUAGAUACAAGGACUUUCUCCAAGGAAACUGUGGCUGCCACUUUCACAAGGUCGUAGACAUGAGGUCCUUGAUCAAGGAAGAAGAUGAAGUUCCAUCUCCACUGUUGGAAAACACUCAAAAAGAGACUGACUUCUUACCCAGAUAUCACGUGAUGGGACCAAUUAAUAGUAUUUACUCAGAGUUGGUGAUAAGCAGAAUGUGCAGUUGAAUUAUUAUAUAUUUUGUUAAUGUUGUACGUUUUGUUAUUUCUUUUACAAUACUAAAUUGCAAUAGUGAUUAUAGUAGGUAAUGUUUAAUUUUAACGGUAAAGCGCAAUGACGAAUACAGUAACCAGAAUUCAUUACUAAACAGAGACAUUAUCAUCACCUACAACAAUACACAGACGGCUUUUUUUAACAUUUAUAAAAGAAGAUAUUUUCUUAGAAACAAAUUAAAUCCAUGUGGAUUACUUUUUACACAAAAGAAAAUGUCAAUGGUAUUUCAAUUCAUAUCCUAUGUACGUAUUAAUUAUUACAAGAAUCCAAAUGAAUUCCAGAUCAUUCAAGUUAAGAGUAUUAAUAUUUAUUAUCAGUUGUUAAUUCAAUAUAAAUAGAUCAUAUCGAAUGGAAUGUGCAAUUAUGAAAUGACUGAUAGACCCUAUUAUUUACUCAGAAGUAUUUAUAUCGUUUCGAAUAGAUGAUGUCAGAACAUCGUCAGUGAGUCCUUGACCAAAAUAAAGGGUGUGAAGCCGCGAAACGGAGCAGCGAGCCCGAAUUUAGGGUACAUCAAUUACAUGUCAAUGAGGACAACAAACUUAGGUGCGGCUUUUGAAAACGUAUGACUAGUUUAUAAUAAAUAAUAAAUAAUCUAGCAAUGGA